AUGAGUCAAGACCCGGAGUGGAACCAAGGAGCCCUCAUGGAGAUCUUUGCUCCUUUUACAAGCUGUGACAUCGUCAUUCGUCGGGAAUCUCCCUCCGAACCUCGCGCAAACGUGGAAUGGACGGGCAUUAGUGGCGUCACAUUGUUCUGGCUUGCUGUGCCUGAGGUCGCUUUCGGAAGUGACCUGUUGAGCUCCUUUUUUGCCUCCGCGGAUAGCGCACAAACCUUGAGGGACAUCAUCACCUGUCCGGUGACCUUGGGCGACAAAAUCACCUGUCCUGCUCCCUCAACGCAUUUCUCGCUCUUAUGGCAAGGCAUUUUGGGAGCAAUCCACGUCUUACUGUUCGAAGUCCGUCGACCUACGCGGCCCAUCUCAAUCGCGGCGAUAUGUGGCCACGUAUCGUUGUUGCUGCAGGCGUAUGUGAGACACCUCCAUAGCCAGUUCUUUACCUCCACAACCACCAUCCCCACCUCAAACGAUCUGAUCAUGGCCUUGAAAGAUACUCUGCAGACUCUGUCUUCGGCGUACAGAACCAAACCCUCAGAGUAUAUGACCAAUUUCAGGUACGGGCAAGACGAGGAGACAUUGGUUGCCAGGACGGGAACCCCUCAGUUCGUCCUUAUGGGUCUUUACUACGGCUGUGCAGUGGCGAGUAUCAUGUCCAUGGUAUUGACCAGAAUCAGAGAACGAGAGAGAUAUUCAACACCACGCAGAAGCCACACCCGACUGGCCUCACAAUGGGCAACCAGCCUGACGGAUCUUAUCACCUCAGGAGUUCUGAAGGGAGGUGUUUCGCCCUUGACAGACCAGGCACGUGAAGCUCUCAAGGCAUAUCUCGCCCAACGCUUAGACAACGCGAGCCCUGGCGACGUGGAUGCGCUUAAAGGAAUGCUGCAGCAUGUCCGGCGGAGCGUUAUCGCUAUCCUCAACUCCUACGAUUCCGUUCUUGACAGCAACCACUUCCUGCAGCGCUUUUGCCAGGCCUUUGUCAAUGGGCUCAUGGGUGAAACGCAGGAGGACCUUAACUGUCAGGCGGUUUGUGCUUGGUACUCGCGGCAUGAGCUCACCGAUGACCUGAAGACUGCCUGCCCCACAAAUUCAGGAAAGAUCGACUUCCACUUCGGUGAUAUGUUCUACUCUGACCUGUCCGAGGUUCACCGUGUAGACUACUCCUCUCGAGAGCUUGCGGUCAUGCUGACCGAGAUGGAGUGGAAGGCUCAGAAGGCCAAGGAAUCUACGAUGAAGGCGAUAGCGGUCGAAGGACUGCAGUGGUGGACACCCCAGGUCCAAGAGCUUCUCAUUCGCAGCCGACAGAGGACAGUGACCGAACGCUUUCGCUUUCAAAAGCUACUUGUGGCCCCUCCACCCCGGCCUGCUUCCCCUGAUAGCGCAGACGGCUACCUUCGUCGAUUCACGCAAAACCAGUUGAUCAUGAUGGCGACAGCAGCUUUAACUCUUCUGCUCGCCCUUAUCCUCGCAGCGGAUCCAUCACAAAUCAACUCUGGCGUAACCAAUGCCACCGGCUUCUUCGCUGCACGCGUUAUGCAAGACUUCAAGGUCCGGUCGGCGUUCCACCUGACUCGAGGAGACAUUGUGCUCAUUCGGAGAUCACCUUUCAUUCGCUGGUUCUGCUUUGAAGACUCGAUUGGUCGCAUUGGGGUGAGUUCAAGGCAAUAG